CGUGCGUCAUCUGCGACGUGCUCGUGGAGUGGGGCGAGCGCGUCGCGCGGCACCUGGGCGUUCCAUGGAUCGCGUUCUGGACGUCCACCGUUUUGGAGAUGGCGAUGGCUUCCCACGUUCCACGGCUCAUCGCGGAGAAUGCAAUAAAAGAUCCCGAGAGCAUCAUCAAGAUUCCAGGCCUGCCGGAUUUCCAAGUCCGCGACUACGUCACUCUGUCCAACGUGAUCAAUCCGAACUUCCCCAUGAAGUUCAUGAUCGAGUCUCUCGUUGAUACCGUGCGGCGUACCGCCGGGGCCGACAUGAUCCUCGCUAAUUCCUCCGGCCUGCUAGAGGACGACGCUAUCAAAACGCUGGAGAGCUCCGGGAUCAAAGUCACUCCAGUCGGUCCCUUACACCUGAUCGAUCAAGACAACGAUCCCAAAGAUCCAGACAAGGUAAUCUCGUGGCUGGACGAGCAAGAUCCAGCCUCGGUUCUCUACAUUUGUUUUGGAACGGUGGCUCCAAUGCCGGUGGGUCAGAUGGAAGAGCUCGCAAUGGCUCUUGAUUCCACCGGAGUAUCCUUUCUUUGGGUGGUGAGACACGACCACUUGAAGGACAUACCGCCGGGAUUCACCGCCAAGCACGGCAUUUCCAACGGUACCAACGGUACAAAUGGCGGUACCAACGGUACAAAUGGCGGUACCAACGGGUGUACCGCGCGGCACCGCGGGCUGCUAACCGACUGGGUGACCCAGCCGCGCGUCCUUGGGCACCGUGCCGUGGGCGGCUUCCUCACGCACUGCGGCUGGAACUCUGUGAUGGAGAGCAUCACUGCGGGCGUCCCGAUGAUCACGCGGCCGCUCAUGGGCGAUCAAACGCUGACAGCCGCGAUGCUCAGGCAGGCAUCCAUGCCCGCGAUCGCGCUCCCGACAUCAAAGGGCGGUGCCGUGACCAAGACGGAGAUUGUGGCAGCGAUCGAGGAGCUCAUGGUGAGAGAGAGAGGCGCGGAGCUCCGGCGCCGUGCGGGUGAUGCUGCGGCGCUCGUUCGCAGUGGGAUGGAGAACGGCGGGUGCUCGCGGCGGUGCCUGGAUUCUCUCGUCACUGAGCUCAACAUUCUCGCCAAGAACCCUAAAAUUCAGCAUAUUCGGUUUGCCUAGAUUCGCCCUCUAUUUCAGUCAAUAAAAUUUGUGAAAUUUGUGACGAAACUCUAGGCAAAGAAUGUCAUAAGAUGACGUCCUCUAUUUCACAGCGCCUGGCUUAGAAAAUUUUCAGUA